AUGAAGGGAACAGCCGCAGUCCUCUCCUUCCCUGCGAUCGUCGCUCAUCGUCUGUCCAGAUGCUGCAGGCCAACUCUGCUCCACGUCCUCCAGCAGCGCUCCCUUGCCCUUCCCGCCUCCUAUGUCAGGGGCACCAUGAUGGUCCUUCAGCCGGAGGCCGUCGGCUUCUCUCCUGCACUUGGGCUCCUAGGGUAUCACUCACAUGCUCUGAUCGCCAACUUGUACAGCUUCAGCUGUGCUGGAGGAGAGCUGGUGGAGGCGUUCAAGCUCAGCAGGCUCCUCUUCCACCGAAGGGACGCCUCCCUUCCUCUCCGGGCCGUUCGCUCCCCGUCCAUGGCUGCCUACCACCUCGACCCUGCAGCCAUCGGCCACAUGCUGGGGCUCGCAGCAGCUCGAGCGAGUGAGGAGGAGGUGAAGAGCGUGCUGGAGGGCUGUGGCAUCCGCAGCAACCGAGUGAAGGGGAUAAGGACGGGAGUGUCGCUUGCUCGGUACACAGAGAUCGUUCGCGUGCUCUCCGAGGGCCUCGUGCGGCCGUCGAGGCCCUUCAUCCUCCUCCUCUUCCUUCGCUUCCUGUGGGAGAGGGCGGAGAGCAGGAGGUGCCUACUCGACUUCCUCCUCGCUCUCAACGCGCAUGUGCUCGUCCUACGACCGGAGUUCCUCCUCCUCCAGCACGACAGAGCCUUCCAGGACGAGUGGACCAUGUUGAGCUUCUCCAUCGACGAGCUCGGGGCCUCGCAGGUGGCGCGUGCAGCUGAGCUGCUGCUGGACGAGAAAACCUUCCCUUCCUCCUCCUCGUCCUCGUCCUCCUCGUCCUCCUCCUCCUCGUCCUCAUCCUCGUCCUCGUCCUCCUCCUUGUUCUCCUCCUCCUCCCUGGAGCUCCUUGCAGCGAGCGUUGCUACCAGUCAGACCUUCAAGCCCAUGAUGAGGUCCAGCAGGCACAGGUACAAGGAUGGGGCUGAAGUCCCGGACUGCGUCGAGCUCGUGCUGAGAGAGGUGGUGGACUUUCUGCUCUUUGACGCAGACAGCAACAGCCUCUCCCUCUCCCUCCUCCCUCCCUCCUCCUCCCCCCGUCUCCUCUCCUUCUUCAGGGAGGAGGCGACGGCCACAGACACUCGCUGUUCCUCCUCAUGGUUCGAGCUCUGUCAGGAGCUCGCAGGCUGCACCUACCUCUCCUCCUCCCCCUGCGGCGCCUCCUACGAGCUAAAGCCCAGCAGGAGGACGGUCGCUGCGGCGCUAGGGAACUUGCUAUCUGGCCAAGACGCGGAGUGGACGAGCAUGAAGGACUUGGAGAGCUUCUGGAACGAGCUGCACCCUUCCAGUGACUUCAGCUGGACCCCAGUUGACCCCUCACCUGGCCCCCAGGACGCAUCCUCGUCCUCGAACGGAGCAUGA